GCAUCUCAUCUCAUCUGUCUCAUCGAAGAAGAUGAAGCGCAGACACGGAGACCGGCUGAGCGGUCUCCCGGACAAGGUGCUGGAGCGGAUCCUCUCCAGCCUCCCGUCGGCCGAGGCCGUGCGCACCAGCGCGCUCUCCAGGCGGUGGCGCGACGUCUACGCCGCCGUCCCCGUCGUCGAUCUCGUCGACACCAAGGUAGGCAGGACGCAUCUGUCGUAUGAUGACCUCAAGGUCUGCUUCGACCAGCAGGUGACAGGGGCGAUCCUCUGCAAGAGCCCCGGGACGCCGGUCCGCGCCUUCCGUCUCGACGUGUUCAGCCCGCCGGACGCCCUGCUCGACCAGUGGAUCGGCACCGUUGUUUCCUCCGGCGCCGAGGAGAUCGACGUCAAGCUCAGGUACUGGCACUACUCCAAGCGCAGGCUCUGCCCCUUCGGCCCGUCCAAGGAGGCCUCGGCCGACUUCCAGACAUACGACCUCAAUAGGUUCACCAAGACGCAUCGGUGUAUCUUCGGCUGCCGCACCCUUCGCCGCCUGCGGCUGAAGAACUGGACACUCGAGCUGCCGCUGAGCGUGGCCCUCUCGUCGCUGGAGACGCUCUGCCUCGCGAGGAUCAUGGACCCGGACAAGCAGCUGCAGCAGCUGCUCUCGAACUGCCCGCAGCUCGCUGACCUGACGCUGCAGGAGUGCCCGAGCGUCGGGAAGAUCACGGUGGCCAGCGUCCACCUGCGGAGCUUCACCAUGAUCUGCUGCCACCAUGCCACGCGCAUCGGGCUGCGCAGCCCGUGCCUGCAGUCCCUGCGCUACAAAGGCGGCCUUCCUCGCAAGUCGCUCUUCAAGGUCGCAAACUACCCAGCAGUCAUGGCGCUGGCGAUUGAAAUCUGCGAAGACAUCUCCACAAAGGAACAAACGGAUGUCGCUUCGAUGCGGUAA